GAGUUGAUAUUUUUCGUCUAAGACACAUCGCUUACCGCUACAUUUCAAAAAGAAUUACACAUAAACCAUGCGCUUUGCACUUCCGCUACUCAUCCUAACCAGCCUCUUAGGCCUUCAAGUCACCGCUGUACCAGCACCAACAUUUAAUUCUAUUUCUGCCAACGCGCCGUUGCAACAGGAAGGACGCAUUGUCGGCGGUCAUCAAACAGAUAUAACGCAAUAUCCUUACCAAGUAUCCAUACGGCUCGACUCUUCUGUGCUCAUACACAUUUGCGGCGGUUCGAUUUAUGCACCGCGUGUUAUUAUUACAGCGGCACAUUGUCUGAAAGGACGUUACGCUUCGACAAUACGUGUCGUUGCGGGUUCAUCCACUAUUGCCGAUCAGUCGGAGCUGGGUGUGGCUGCGCAAAAACUAAUCUAUCAUAGCGGUUACAAGAAAAAAACACACACCAAUGAUGUGGGAUUAAUCAUUUUGAAAGUGCCUUUAAUUUAUGACGCCAACGUACAACCCAUUCAAUUGGCACGCACUUCGGCGGAGGUGGGUGCACACGCCAUCGUUACUGGUUGGGGUAAGAACGAUGAGACGGCGCAACAAAUGACCAACGUGUUGCAGGCAGUCGAAUUGCAAAUUGUCGAUACGCUGCAAUGUGGUGUGCAAUAUGCCUUGAAGAGUUAUAUCAUCACUGAGGAAAUGAUAUGUGCGGGCGCUGAGAUUGGUGACAAAGACACUUGUCAAGGCGAUUCUGGCGGCCCACUUGUUGUCGAUGGCAAAUUGAUCGGUAUAGUUUCUUGGGGUAUUGGUUGUGCUCAAGACUACCCCGGCGUAUAUGCCAGUGUACCGUAUCAUGCUGAAUGGUUCGAACAGCAAGCGGCAGAUUACUUGUAAGAUAAAGAGACGUAGAUAGAGAAUUAUAUAAAGGAACGCAUAACUAAACAUAAGCGAUUAAAAGAUAAGCGAACAAAAGUCUGUGAACGAAUAUACAAACGCAUUAUAAUUUAAAUAUCAUAUAUAUAUUUACUUCAUAUAUUACACAUCAAUACUAUAUUAUUAAUAUUAAUAUUUUGUGA